AAAAAAGUGAAUUUUUGAAAAAUAGAAUAUGGUAAAAAAAGGGAAAAUAUCUAAGACAAGUGAUACUACUUCGAAAGAGACUAUAAAAAGUUCCAACCCUACUGCAAAGGCAGAAAAAGCAGCAAAAGCAGUAGCUUUGGGGAAUCACAGUAAACUAAAGAGGCGGGUUCGUACAAGUGCAACUUUUCGUCGACCAAAAACCUUGCGUUUGUCACGUAAACCAUUAUAUCUUCGAAAAAGUAUUCCUCAUGUACCUCGUUUGGAUGAGUAUAAAAUUCUUAUAUGUCCUAUGAAUACGGAAAGCUCAAUGAAGAAAAUUGAGGAGAAUAAUACCUUGGUUUUUCGUGUAAAUAUUAAAGCUAAUAAGCAUCAAAUAAAAAAAGCUUUUAAAAAACUUUAUGAUGUUGAUAUUCUUAAAGUUAAUACAUUAAUUUCUCCUAAUGGUAUUAAAAAAGCUUAUGUCAAGCUGACUGCCGAUAUGGAUGCUUUGGAUGUAGCAAACAAAAUCGGUUUUGUCUAAAGUCUUUUCUACUUGAAAGAACC